CCGUGGCCACGCACAGGUGGUGGCAAUUACCAGAAAGGAGGCAAAGGCGGCAGCUCGCUCAACCAGGAUUGAGACCGUUAUUGCGAGCAUCGCGGCAGCCCGAGGCACCGCAGUCCCGGCCGUCGUAGAGAUCGCGAUGGCAGGGGCUAUCGCGAUGACCGUGGCGGGGGUCGUCGUGGAUUUCGCGGUGUCCAUGAGGUCCGCGAUUCUCGCGACGACCGCGGGCGAGGGGGUCGAGGCCUUGAGAGCGGAGCUCGCUCGGAAGGGCCGCGAUCGCCGCUCGCGCGACAAGGACAAGCG